AUGAUGGCCCAGGGGAGCCUGGUGGCCAACCGAGGCCGGCGCUUCCAGGGGGCCAUUGAGCUGAGCGGGCCUGGAGGAGGCAGCAGAAGCCGAAGUGACCAGGGCAGCGGCCAGGGAGACUUGCUGUACCCUGUCGGUUACUUCGACAAGCAAAUGCCUGAUACCAGCGUGCAAGAGACAGAGCGGACCCUGGUGGAAAAGCGCUGCUGGGACAUUGCCUUGGGUCCCCUCAAGCAGAUUCCCAUGAACCUCUUCUUCAUGUACAUGGCAGGUAAUAAGAUCUCCAUCUUCCCUACUAUGAUGGUGUAUAUGAUGGCUUGGUGGCCCAUUCAGGCACUUAUGGCCAUUUCAGCCACUUUCAAGAUGCUGAAGCUUCUUCAGGGUUUGAUGUAUCUCAUUGGAAACCUCAUGAGUUUGGCAUUGGCUGUUUAUAAGUGCCAGUCAAUGGGACUGUUGCCUACACAUGCAUCAGACUGGUUAGCCUUCAUUGAGCCCCCUGAGUGGAUGGAGUUUAGUGGUGGAGGAUUGCUUCUGUGA